GCUGCCGCUGCCGCUGCUGCAGGUCGUUCUAUUGAGUGUUCAGGGCAGAAGACAGUUGUGGUACCAUGCGAAUGGUUGCUCCUGGUUCAACUGCUGAUGUUGUUGGUGCUAAUGAUAUGGCCUAGAAUGGGUUUAACAAAGGAAUGCUCUCGCUGCUCUUGGUUGCAUCAGCCAAACCGGAGUGUCUCUUUGUUUCUUUGCUAUAUUGGACCCGUGGUUGGGGCUCGGGUGGAGAGUAUUAGGGGGGGAUGGCGGGCUGGUUUAGUCAGGAUAAGAGGUGGUGUAUGCGAGUGUGAGCUGUGGGUGCGCGCGCAAGCGUGUGUUCCUGAAUAAUUAAAGGGCCGUCGACCGGAGAGAGACAGAGGGAUAUGGGAGGUAUGAACAAAAUAGGGUAAGAGCGGAGUCGGGGAAGGGGUAUGUGCCUUAAUAUUCCAGAUGAGAUGAGGGAUGGAAGAUGGGAUAGGAGAUGGGAGAUGGGAGAUGAGGGAUGAGGGAUGAGAGAUGAGAGAUGAGCGGGGAUGGCCAAGGGACCAAAAGAAAGAAAGCGAUCGACAAAGAAAAGAAGGCGAGACGAGGACGAGAGAAGAGGAGAGAGUGAAAAGGGAGG